CUCCUCUCGGUCGCAGUCUCCCACUCAGACGUUACAGCCACCCACAGAGAACAAGCGAGAAACCACCGCUCUGCUUGCUGUACGCACACAGAGAGGACGAAACAGACAAGAGAAAGAUCAGGAGAAGAGGGAUCGAUCCGUGUGCUCCAUCGUUCGUCAUGAGGCCGAUCAGAGCAGGCGAGGCGAUGGUGGCGGUCGGCCACGGCGCGCACCCGGCGUUCUGGAGGACGCCGACGCCGUACCUCCUCCUCGGCUUCGCGCUCAUGAUGGGGAUCAUCGCCGUGGCGCUGCUCGUCCUCGUCUGCACGGACAGCAAGCCGUCCGGGUCGUCGUCGCGGCGGGGAAGCGCCGGCGAGGACGCGUCGGCGCGCGGGAUGGCGCCGCUCGACAGGGAGCCCAAGGUCGUCGUCAUCAUGGCCGGUGACGACUUGCCGUCCUUCCUCGCCAGCGCCAGGCCGUUCGCGUUCCCCGCCGUAAACGCCGACGCGGGGGAACCGCGAAACGCGGACGCGUCGUAGGCGCGGCGCGGCGCCGCGCGCACCCGUGUCCCCUCUGCGGGACGCGGGGCCAAUUUUGGUCGUCAGAUUUUCUCCUAGGAUUUUCUCCGCGUGUUCUGUCUGUAGAAUCUAAUUAGCAGAGAAGAUAGAGCUGUAGUUUGCGUUCUUGGUGAGGUGAGCGGCGCGCAUGGCGUGAGCGCGCCGGCGGCGCACGUUGAGAUCUGUGAGUGAACGCGAAUGGAAUUUUGGCCUGCAUAUUCAAUAAAUGCAUGACGCUCGCUUGGCUGCUCUCCA